AUGCCUGUUGAAAUCAAGAAUAAAGUAUGUCUGAUUGUCCAUGAUGGCUGGGGUGUUGCUACGACCCCCGGGUUGAAGGGGAAUGCCAUCGAAGCUGGUACGACGACAAAUAUGGACACUAUUGGCAAGGAGCACAGCUACAGGCAGCUUGCUGCCCAUGGUACGGCUGUGGGGCUCAGCGAUGGCCUAAUGGGCAAUUCAGAAGUCGGGCAUUUGAACAUCGGUGCAGGCCGGAUUGUCUGGCAAGAUAUCGUCCGCAUCGAUGUCGCGAUCAAGAAGCGCCAAUUUCACAAGAAUGAGAACAUUGUCAAGAGCAUGGAGCGCGCCAAAGCAGGCAACGGCAGACUGCACCUACUCGGGCUGGUGUCCGACGGUGGUGUGCACUCGCACAUUAGGCACCUGUUCGCCCUCCUUGAAACUGCCAAGGAAGUCGGCGUUCCGAAGACAUAUGUUCACUUUCUCGGAGACGGAAGGGACACCGCGCCCCGCUCUGCCGCCGGUUAUGCCCAGGAGUUGCUUGAUUUCAUGAAGAAGGAAGAAUACGGCGAACUCGCGACUAUUAUUGGUCGGUAUUAUGCUAUGGACCGUGACAAGCGCUGGGAACGAGUCAAGAUUGCCAUUGACGGCCUUGUCAAGGGUGAGGGAGAGAAGGUUGAUGGUCCCGAUGCUGCGAUCAAGGCCAUCAAAAGCAACUACGAAGCGGACGUCACCGACGAAUUCCUCAAGCCCAUCAUCGUGAACGGUGAUGAAGGUCGAAUUAAAGAUGGAGACACACUCUUCUUCUUCAAUUAUCGUUCUGACCGCAUGCGAGAGAUUGCCUCUGUCUUUGGUCUCCCGGACAAACCAAUGGAAGUCGACAUUCCCGAAGAUCUUUCUAUUACGACUAUGUCCCGUUACAACGCCGAAUUCCCGUUCCCCGUCGCCUUCCCCCCACAACCUAUGACCAACGUGUUGGCCGAAUGGCUAGCUAAAGAAGGCGUGAAGCAGGCCCAUAUCGCGGAAACGGAGAAGUACGCGCACAUCACCUUCUUCUUCAAUGGCGGAGUGGAGAAGCAAUUUGAAAAUGAGGAACGACACAUGAUACCCUCCCCGAAGGUUGCGACAUACGACAAGGAACCUAAAAUGAGUGUUCAGGGUGUCGCAGACAAGGUUGCCGAGGUCGUUCGUAAAGCAGAGCACGAAUUCAUCAUGUGCAAUUUCGCCCCUCCUGAUAUGGUUGGCCACACCGGAGUAUAUGAGGCGGCAGUGGAAGCGAUAACGCAUACCGAUGCCGCUGUCGGCACCGUUUAUGAGGCGUGCCAGGAGGCUGGCUAUAUCCUCCUCAUCACCGCUGACCAUGGUAAUGCUGAGCAAAUGCUCAACGCCGAGACGGGUGCACCCCAUACUGCCCACACCACAAAUCCGGUACCAUUCAUUAUGACAGGGGAUCCGAAGAAGUACAGCUUCGUUCAAGACGAAGAACCAUCCAACGGGGAAGAAGAAUAUGAACCUGGCGCCCUUUGUGAUGUGGCGCCGACUGUCUUGGACCUCAUGGGGAUACCCAAACCAGAGGAAAUGACAGGUCGUUCCCUCUUGGUCAAAACGGAAUGA